GUGUUUCCUACAGUCAACCGCAGCCAGUCAUCAUCUCUCCAACUUAAUAAAAUGUUAGAAUUUGUAAACCAUCCGGUAAAGAUGGCAUCUUUGAAUAUCCUCGACCCAAAAUCCUCUCUUCUCUGUUCCACUUCCUCAUCUUUUUCCCACCUUCAAUUCAAAUUUCCCGCUAAAUCAGGACACCCAUGUCUCUCAACGGUCAGAUUUCGAGCCAAACCUCUCCAAGCUUGCAUUUUCCCAAUCAAAAAUCGCGACUCUGUUUCUCGUAGAAGGAGAAUCCUUAUCUCACUAUCCACGUUACCGUUUCUACUUCAUUUUCAUGAAUCCAUAGAGGGUUUUAGUGCCAAGGCAGCAGCUGAGGAUACCUUAUAUGCCCUCAUGAGGGAAGAGGUGAGGAAGGUGAUGUCCAAAGGCAAGGCGGCUGGUGUUCUUCGUCUUGUUUUUCAUGACGCGGGAACCUUUGACAUGGUUGAGAGUUCAGGGGGUAUGAAUGGUUCUAUUAUUUUUGAACUCGAUAGACCCGAAAAUACAGGUUUAAAGAAAUCCUUGAAGAUUCUUGAGAAAGCAAAGAGGGAAGUGGAUGCAGUACAAAAAGUAUCCUGGGCAGACAUGAUCGUUGUGGCUGGAGCUGAAGCUGUUUCAAUUUGUGGAGGUCCAACAAUUCCGAUUUUAUUGGGUAGACUAGAUUCACAGGAGCCUGAUGCUGAAGGCAAACUUCCCGAGGAGACUCUAGCUGCUGCUGGUUUGAAACAAUCUUUUCAAAGAAAAGGAUUAUCAACACAAGAACUUGUUGCAUUAUCUGGAGCUCAUACAAUAGGGGGCAAAGGCUUUGGAAAUCCAACUAUUUUUGACAAUUCUUACUAUAAAAUUCUUCUGGAUAAGCCAUGGAUGUCUUCAGGUGGAAUGUCGAGCAUGAUCGGACUUCCUUCAGAUCGUGCACUUGUUGAGGAUGAUGAAUGUUUAAGAUGGAUCAAAAAGUAUGCGGAUGAUCAGAAUUCGUUUUUUGAAGAUUUCAAAACUGCAUAUAUCAAACUUGUGAAUUCUGGUGCAAGGUGGAAAAGCUUGUGAUACUUUAAAAAAAAAAAAAAAUCCUUUUUUUAAGAUUAUGUCGUAUAAUAAUGAAUACAGCCGUAGUUGCCGGUUGGACCGGUUCCACAGCUCUUUAUUCUUGAACGAGUCAUGAAAGGUACGACGAACAUACCUUGUCUGUACAUUGGAUCGAGAACGGGAUCGGAGGGUUCCCUGUAAGAAACAUGUGAGAAUUUUAUUUUCUUGCGGGUCAAGGCUAAAAGCUCAAGUUCAAAUCCCAUUCUAUGAUGUUCACAAACACUAAUUAUAAGUCUCUUAUCUAUAUAUUUCAUGCUUAA